AACCUGGUCUUGUAGCCUACCCGCGGUGUUUCGUAUGCAAUGGAGGCGCCGGAAAUCCUCUACGAAACCCUAAGGCCUCUCGACGGCCCGCCGCCCCCUUCGUCGUCGUCUUCCUCUGACUUGGAAACCCUCGUUGUCUACCGUAACCUUAUUUCCACCCCUAUUGCCCAAUGCGCCUCACCCGAGUCGGCAGCACCUGAUUACUUUUCCCUGGACGUCAAUGACGCAGAGCAGAAGCAAACUUCGAAUUCGGCUACUCCUCUCCCUCCUAAAGGCCCUGCGCAAAUUUCCACCCCGGCGUCCGCGGGCGGUCUCGAAGGCACCUGGUUUCGCACCGGUUCUCGCUUCAAAAGCCCCAUGCUUCAGCUCCACAAAGAGAUACUUGAUUUUUGUGAUUUUCUCUCGCCAACUCGGGAAGAGCAAGAAUCCAGGAAUGCUGCUGUCGCCUCUGUGUCUAAUGUGAUCAAAUACAUAUGGCCUAGUGCUGAGGUACAAGUUUUUGGGUCAUUCAGGACCGGGCUGUACCUUCCAUCUAGUGAUAUUGACGUUGUCAUAUUGGGUUCAAAUGUCAGAAGUCCUCAGAUUGGCUUACAGGCUCUCUCUAGGGCACUGUCUCAAAGAGGAAUUGCAAAGAAGAUACAGGUUAUUGCAAAGGCACGGGUGCCAAUUAUUAAGUUUGUGGAGAAAAAAAGUGAAGUGUCGUUUGAUAUAAGUUUUGAUGUUGACAAUGGACCAAAAGCUGCGCAUUUUAUUAAGGAUGCUGUAUCUAAAUGGCCAGCACUUAGACCAUUAUGUUUGAUUUUGAAAGUUUUCCUCCAGCAAAGAGAGCUGAAUGAGGUGUAUAGUGGUGGAAUUGGCUCCUACGCACUUCUUUCUAUGCUUAUUGCAAUGUUGCGGGGUCAGCAAGAUCAAGUUCCUCCUGAACAUAACCUCGGAGUGUUGCUGGUAAAAUUUUUUGAUAUGUAUGGAUGCAAACUGAAUACAGUAGAUGUUGGUGUAUCCUGUAACGGUGAAGGCAUUUUCUUUGCAAAAAGUAGUAAAGGAUUCAUAAUUGAUGGCCGACCAUCUCUUAUUUCCAUUGAGGACCCACAGACUCCAGACAAUGACAUUGGGAAAAACUCCUUCAAUUAUUAUCAGGUCAGAUCUGCUUUCGCAAUGGCGUUCAGUACAUUGACAAAUGCAAAAGCCAUCCUCCGACUUGGCCCAGACAAGAGCAUCCUCAGUUCUAUCAUCCGGCCUGAUGCAGUAUUGUUGGAACGAAAAGGAGGCUCUAACAGGAACGCGACUAUCAAUAAUUUGUUCCCAGAUUCUGGAGCGUCCUCGCAUCAUUUACUCGGUGAUCAACAGGAGAUUUACUGUAACUGGCCAUUGAAUGACGAUGAUGAAGAACCAUUACCCCGGGGAAAUGGAAAAUCUGGCCGCGGUAGUGAUGCAAAAUCUUCGGGUAAGAAAAGGAAAGGUUCCAACAUGAGUAAAGGUUCCGCAAAGGAGAAGAAAUAUGACUCAGGACAAUACCAGAGUAACGGUGAUGGUUCAAAGACCCGCCAAAGGAAUUGUUGAUAUGUUUCAUGGUUUUGGAGUUGAGCUUUAAAUUACCGUUGAGAAAAUUUUGAUUUUGUGUAGGCUGCCGCCGGAAUUAAAUAUGUACAAUUAGAUUUGCCCAAAUCAUGUUUGAUGACAAGAUUGGUGCACCAUUCCAGUUGUUAAGAAUAUGUAAUGUUUCUGAAA